AGGCAUCUUCCAUGAGAAAAGUCUCUAAUCUAAAUAACGAUUUGCCUGGAAAAUAAUGUACGUCAACAUAUUGUAUUUAUUCAUUAUAUUAGCUGCUGGUAAUGGCGAAGCACCAGAUGAAAUCUGUCAACUUACGCCUGCGGCUGAUGGCUUUGGAAAAGUGAUGUCCUGUGCACACUACUCGAAUUGGUUUUCCUAUCAUUCAGACAAAAACGAAUGCGUGGAGUUCUCCUACGGCGGCUGUGGUGGCAACGAAAAUAGGUUUAAAACUAAAGCUCUUUGCGAAGAUGUGUGCAAAAGUAAUUCCACACAGCGUUCAGUAAUGCAAUAAAAUUUUCAUUUAGAAUUUAA